AUGACGGGGGCUCGAUGGCAGCCCGCGAGGCGCGUCGCCCGCCUCGCCGCCGUCGCCGCCGUCGCCGCCGCGGCGCCGGGCCCGGGCAACGCCUCCGCGGCGAUCCGGGCCCGCUACUUCGCCCACGGCGCCGCCGCGGGCGCCGACGCCGUCGACGAGGCCGUCGCCUGGCUCGCGGCCCAGGAGGCCCUGGCGCCGCCGCGGGCGAACGCGACGGCGCCCGCGUUUGCCGCCCGCGACCUGCCCGGCGCGGGCGGCCGCGUCUGCGCCGUGACCCACGGCCGCGUCGCGGCCGAGGGCACGUUCGAGCGCACGGGCGGCUCCCCGCCCUACGACUGGUCCUGCUGGUGCCUCAAGGCGCGGUACCACACGGCGCCGGCCUGCCUCGGCGCGGCCGCCGUGGACCGGCCCGUCCGCUGGCGCUGGACGCUGCGGAGCGCGCUCGCCGGCGCGUGCGCGAUGCCCGACCCGCACCCGAGCGCCGUCGCGCGGAGCUUCCUCGAGCGCGGCGCGCCGUCGCCGGCGUCGCGGCGGCGGGGGACCAUGACCGUGGUCAUGCUCGGCCUCUCCUUCAUGGGGCAGCCCUUCGCGUCCCUGGGCUGCCUCUACGAGGCGUCCGUCGUCGGCGGGUUCGUGAAGCACGCGGUCAGGGACGCGGGCGGCGCGGCCGCGGACGCGAGCGUCGGCGCCAUCCGGGCGGGCGGCGGCCAGUGCGACGGCUACGACCGCGACUACCUGCCGACCUACUUCGCCGAGGACGUGCACCCGCGGCCGCUCGACCCGCCGGCGCCGCGGUCGAACUUCCACAAGUGCGACCCGAACCACGCGCUCUACGAGUACGGCCCGCCGCCGGGAUCCCGCGGCCCGCGGGCCCGCGUCUGCUUCCAGUACCUCUUCAACCUCAAGAAGCUGCCGCGCGACGCCAAGCCGCCGUGCGACCUCGACUGGGCCGAGGUCGACGUCGUCCUCCACAUGUUCCCGAACCGCGCGCUCGUCGACCUCUACCUGCCGCGCGCGGGCAACCCGGCGUCGCGGCCCAUCCUCGUGAGCGUCAACGAGAUCUACCAGGCCGCGCUCGAGCGCCAGCUCCGCGACGCCUACGCGGCGGCCGGCUUCGACCCGCCGUCGCACGCGGACCUCCUCGCGCGGCCGCGGAGCUGCGCGAGCCCGGACGUCCACUACGCGCUCCCGGGCUUCACGGACCACGCCGUCCGCGCCUGGUUCGCGCUCAUAUCGACGGGCCUCGCCGGCGUGCCGCGCGGCGGCCUCGUCGGCCAGCUCGACAAGCCGCGGUGA